UCAGUCGUACGAAGUUAAUCGUAGAAAUAGCGUUCGAUCACGUAAUUUAUCAAAACUUCGAAUAAUGUUCCUGUCUCGUAGAUGGUAAUAACAUUGGUCUGAUAAUAAAUUAGAAUAACGUUGCAGAGAACAUAUCUAAUGACCUACGACCUGUGGUCUUCGACUUACAUCUCAAACCUUAAAAGCAAACGAGACACGCUUUCCGAACUGAGAACCGCUCGUGUCUUCUCGUCAGUCUUCACAAACGACCAACCGAAUCUUAAGAAAGAGAGAGAAAGAGAUAGAAAACGAACUAUAAGACAAGUAUGAUUGACUACAAGUGACAAGUUCAUCAGAACUUCGCGAGAACGCGUAUUUGAUGCUUCCCAAGGCAUAAUCAUCAUCAUCAUCAUCAUCAUCAACAAAUCGAUCAAUUAAUUGAAAAGUCACAAAGUGUUAUUCUAUAUACGUAGAGUUUAUAUUUAUUUAGAUCAUUUAUAUUUUCAAUCACGAUGGUGCGACAAUUCACUAAAAGACAAUGGCUUACUCUCAUAGUGAUCAGCAUUGCAGAUUUCGCUAAUGCUAUUUGCGUAUCUCUUCAAGCACCUUUCUAUCCUCAAGAGGCUGAAAAAAAGGGCGCCUCACCGACCGAGUAUGGAUUGGUUUUUGGUGUUUUCGAACUUGUCGUUUUUAUCAUCAGUCCUGUUUAUGGGAAACACUUAAACUGGAUCGGUCCGAAGUUGUUAUUCAAUGGCGGUAUCUUGACGACAGGAACUUGUGCUAUCUUUUUCGGUCUGCUGGAUAAGGUCGACGGUCACUAUCCAUUUAUAAUCCUCUCCUUCUUGAUUAGGAUUGUCGAGGCACUUGGGAACGCCGCUUUUCUCACUGCCAGUUUUGCGAUUAUCGCUAAAGAAUUUCCGAAUAAUGUUGCUACCACAUUUGCCAGCCUGGAAACAUUCUUUGGUUUGGGACUUAUUGUUGGUCCUACUGUUGGUGGUGCUCUUUAUCAGGUUGGUGGAUAUACGACUCCAUUUGCAGUCCUAGGUUCAGCACUCUUUCUAUCAGCGGUGACAACAGCAUUCAUCUUACCAGUGCAUAAUAAUCGUGAACAAGACGAACACAAUACUGGAGGUGUCUCCAGGGUUCUGAGAAUUCCAGGAGUCCUAGUAGCAACCUUAUCGAUAAUUGCAACAAGUAUGAGUAUUGGAUUUUUGCAAGCAACAUUGGAGCCACAUUUACGUCAGUUUAAAUUGAGUCACGUAGUUCUGGGUUUGAUGUUUGUUAUCAAUGGUGGCACUUAUGCUCUUACUGCUCCGGUCUGGGGUUGGUUUUGUGACAAAUAUUCACAUCCAAAAAUUGCAACAGUCGUUGGAUGUAUACUCGUUUGUAUUGCAUUCAGUUUGAUAGGCCCUGCACCCUUCAUACCAUAUCCUACCAUGAUUUGGUUGACAAUUUGUGGUCUCGUUAUACACGGAUUAGGAAUGUCUGCUCAAUUGGUUGCUAGUUUCACGGAUGCAUUAAGAACGAGCAUAGCUUAUGGAUUUCCGAAUAAUCUUGAGACCUAUGGUUUGAUUAGUGGUCUCUGGACGAGUACAUUUGCAUUAGGAGCUUUUAUUGGUCCAAGUGUAGCUGGUAUUCUUUUAGAUAACAUCGGAUUUAGAAAUGCUUCCAUGUUUAUCGUUAUUUUACAUCUGAUAAUCGCUGGAUUCGCUGCAGUAUUUCUCGCAAAUUGUUCGAAAACACCAAAGCCUUAUACGGAAAUUGGUGUAGGCGAUGACGUAAGAGUACCAUUGAUGGAUAGUACUCAAUCAAAAGAUAAUGGUAGUCGUGUUAUUCGUGGUCAAAGCGUGCCAAUAGACAGGCCAAAUGCCAUGAACUCCUUGAUAGCAUGCAACAGUUAUUCGAACAGGGCUGGAGCAUGGUCCAGAGCGUCUUACAGUGGACGAUAUUCUCACAGUUAUGGCUCGAUCGAAAACAAACGAUUUAUUGAAUUGACAACGUGAUGAUAUUUAUAAAAAUGAACAUUACAACUAAAAGAUCAAAGGAGGAAGAUUCUUGGCAGGAAACUCGAUUCGUGAAAAGUUUCUAUUUUUCGACUCAUUUGAAUGAAUAUUAUUGAAGAAUGACUCUCUUCUAUUAAAAUUAAAUAUUUUCUUUUUAAACGCGUUCACCAUGUUCCUAAGAUGUUUUCGUUUUGUUUUUAAUAUCUUAAUAAUUUUAAGAAAAAACAAAAGAACGAUUUACUUUUUGCGAAUUAUGUUUCUUUCUAUUUCUGUUGCCAGUAUCAUCACAAACAGGUGGAUUAGAUGUGUUCACAAAUUUUAGAUAGAACGAUGACAAUACACCGUGCAGUUUUCUUUUUUCUUUCCUCUCUUAUGUUUUUUUUUUAAUAGCAAUUUGAUAAAUUUUUUAUUUGGUUUUUCUACUUUUUGUUUUUUUUUUUUUUAUUUUUAAACAAUAAAUUUCACGAUAAGAAAUGAAAUUUCGUUGAAAUUAAAAAGAAAACUGCAAAAUUGUUCGAAUUGUUUCUAAUGUCUUUUUUUAAUAGAUUAAAUUUGAUGACAUGAUUUAUUUGUUCAUAUUUAUAAUUAUUUCGGUAAAAAAUUAUAUAAUUAAAACAUUUUUUUUUUAACUUUUGACCAAAUCGUUAAACGAUCUCUUAUUUUAACUUUCAAUAAAAUCUUUUAACAUAGAGAUGUUUUUUUAUAAAAUAACAUUUAUCGAAAAGGGAUACUCGAAAAGACAAGAAAGAGAGAGAGAGA